UAUGGCUUCGGAGCCUACGCCUUCCAAGGGGGGAAGCUGUCGCUCUAUGCGAACCUGCUUGAUCCCUCUGCAGAAUCGGCGCCAGGGACCAUCUCCCGCGCUCCCGUUGUCUUCAAGCAUGGCGCCGAGGCGGAUGCGGAAACAGAUGAGUCCGCUGCGAAAAAGCAGCAGCUCAAUCCUGCUUUUCUUCGAUUCCAGCCCACCAAACGCCCGCAGUUGAACCAGAAACCCAAACCGAAACCGACAUUGCCGAAGACAGGGCUACCGUCUAAUCUACUCCAAGCGGGUGGCCCAGCUGCAGCUCCGGUCAAAACAAAACUGGAAGACUGGGCGGCCACGGAGGAAGAUGAUUACUAUGAUUAUCAAAUGGGCGAAAAGCGCCAACGCGGUGGGAGGAAGAAGCGCAAGAAGAAUCGGGAGCCGCAAAUGAUGCUGCAGAACUGGGACGACAUUUAUGACCCGUCACGACCCAACAGCUAUGAGGAAUAUCGACAUAGCGAUGAGAAGGUUCUAGAAAUCCGCGAAUGGAAGGAUCGCCUGUAUGCGCACCGUAUGAAGCGCUCACCAACGCCCGACUCAGACAGCGAUGACGACAGGCCCGUGAACCGUACGCAAGCCUCAAGAUCAAACAAGGUGUGGUCAGAGUAUGCUAAUGGUGAUAAAUCAGGUUCAUUUGCUCCUCCAAUGAGCUUCGCGCCGCCUUCCAACCUCAAUUUCACUAUUUUCCCACCUCCGUCUGAUGCCCCCGAUGACCCGACGGGAGAGGACGCAUUCGCACGCCGCGCGCGCAUGAGCUCAGCUGUGAACAGCGCUCCAUCUCGAAGGACUCCUCCUCCAUCCCCAUCACAUCCCUCGGAAGACCCUCUUCAUCUAUCAUCCGGUGCUGAUCAUCCCGUGCCGCAACCUUCCGACCAACGGCCUUCCGAUACUGUCCCUCCACCCACUCUUCCUAGACCACUGGACGCUUUCCAACCAAGUUCCGCAACCAUCUCCCGUGCACCGGUCCGCUACACCCUUCCACCCCCACCUGAAGACAUACCUGCGUCCCAAGCAGAGCUUGAGGAAAUGCUUGCGGGCGAGGAAGCGCCCGAAACCGAAGACAGCGAGGAAGCGCCUCGAUCUAAGCGUCCUGGCCAAAAGGGCUUUGCUGAGCGCCAGCUCGCCAAAUAUGGUUGGACCAAGGGGUCUGGUCUUGGUGCGACAGGUUCUGGCAUCGUCAACCCGCUUCAAGUGAAAGUGGAAAAGAGGAAAAAACGACCAGAUGCUGAGGGGGGCGGGUUUGUGGGACCCGGUGGACGCGGGAAGAUAAUCGGAGGCAAGAAGGGGCAAGAGGACGGCGGCAAGUUUGGGGCAAUGAGUCCGGUGGUCAUUCUUCGUGGAAUGCUAGAUGGCAUGGACUUGGACGAGGAAUUGAACCGUGAGGGAGGUGGUUUGAUGCAGGAGAUUGGGGAGGAGUGUAAUGAAAAGUAUGGCCGUGUGGAGCGAGUCUACAUCGCUCGUGACGUUGGUCCACCGAUGCCUGUUUUUAUCAAAUUCACCAACGAGCUUUCUGCUCUGCGGGCCGUGAACGCGCUCGAGGGACGUGCUUUCAAUGGGAACACCAUAUCUGCUCGCUUUUUCGACCCCGAGAAAUUCGAACAAGGUGAAUAUGUUGACUGA